AUGUAUCUACGGGGCAUCCUCUCAGCACUCGCCGUGCUGCCAUUCGGCAUAGCUUCUGUCACUUCACCUGGUGACACAGCUGUGGUACCUGGAUGGCAUCUGCAGUCUGCCCUUCACGCACCAAGUAAUUUGACCGAUCUCUCCCUUCCGACUGCUCACAAUGUGAGCGCCUGGUAUCGGAUCAGCUCUCGGGCUACUGUCAUGGCAGGGCUGAUUCAAAAUCACGUUUACAACGACACACAUCUGUUCUACUCGAAUAAUCUUGCAACUCUUGACCAAACUAUCUUCCGUGCCCCAUGGCUAUAUCGUGAGGAGCUCAGGCUUCUCGCACCUCCCAAGGGACAACAUAUGUUCCUCAUCACUCACGGUAUAACGUCCAAGGCGGACAUAUACUUCAACGGAAAACAAAUUGCCUCCAAUGCCACCCAACAGGGGUCAUAUGGUGGCCAUCGUUAUGACAUCACGCCCUUUGUCCGGACUGGAAAAAAUGUCUUGUUGAUCCAGGCUCAUCCAACGAAUUAUCUCCGUGACUUUGCUCAGGGCUUCGUGGACUGGAACCCGUACCCGCCUGAUAACGGGACGGGAGUCUGGCGCGACGUAGAGCUCAAGCAGACGGGGCCUGUGUCUAUGUCUUCGCCGCGGAUUCUAACGGACUUUAUUGGUGUACAUACUGAGAAUGUUACUGCCACUAUCAAGGUGGACAUUAAGAACCAUGAGGACCGCAUUGCCAAUGGUGUUGUGCACGGUACCGUGCAGGCGCAGGAUAAGGGAUCGCAGACGGUCGCGUUUUCCAAGCAGUUCAAAUUAGAACCAUACAAAAAUGCGACAGUUUCAAUCGAUGUUGUGCUAAAGAACCCCAAGAUUUGGUGGCCUGCGACAUGGGGUAAGCAGCCACUUUACACGGUUAAGGCUAAAACCACUGUCGGUCAAAAUGAGAUCUCGGAUAUCGCGCCACCAACACAGUUCGGAAUCCGACACGUUACAUCAAAGCUUAACUCGUAUAACGACACUGAGUUCAGCGUCAAUGGAUACCCGUUCCAUGUGAGAGGAGGUGGCUAUAGUCCGGAUAUGUUCUUGCGAUUCGACCUCGAGCAUCUGCGGAACAUCUUCCGUUACAUGCUGGAUAUGGGUUUGAAUACGGUACGCUUGGAAGGAAAGCAAGAACAUCCCGAGUUAUACGAUCUUGCCGAUCGCAUGGGAUUAAUGGUGAUGUCGGGUUGGGAGUGCUGCGAUAAAUGGGAGGGGUGGAAGUACAACAACGAAGCGAACGGAGUCAAGUGGACAGAGAAAGAUUAUCCAAUUGCCGAAGCUACGAUGCUCCAUGAAGCGGAAAUGAUGCAGGCCCAUCCCUCGAUGCUGGCCUUCCUAAUUGGAUCGGAUUUCUGGCCCGACGAGAAGGCCACAAAUGUGUAUGUCAACGCUUUGAAUCGCAUGGACUGGCCCAACCCGAUUAUUGCAUCUGCAAGCAAGCGUGGAUAUCCCAAGCUCCUGGGCCCAUCUGGCAUGAAGAUGGACGGGCCUUACGAUUGGGUACCGCCUAACUACUGGUACCACGAUAAGCUUGGGGCAGCAUUUGGUUUCGGCUCGGAACAGGGGCCCGGUGUAGGAACGCCCGAGCUCGGCAGUUUGCAGCAGUUCAUGUCAGCCCAGGAGUUAGAGAGUUUGUGGAUGAAACCGGACCAGCCUCAAUGGCACAUGGCUAAGAAUGACUCGCCCUUUGCGGACCGCUCCCUGUACAAUGAGGGGCUUUUUGCGCGGUAUGGGCCACCAACCGGGUUGGAGGACUAUCUUCGCAAGUCACAGAUGUCGGAUUACGAAGGGACUCGGGCUGAAUUUGAAGCAUUCGCCAUACGCCAGAACGCAAGUCGCCCGGCCACUGGGGUGGUUUACUGGAUGUUGAACGGCGCCUGGCCUAGUCUCCAUUGGCAGUUAUUUGACUAUUACUUACGACCGGCAGGGUCCUACUUCGGCACCAAGGUGGGUGCCCGUUUAGAGCAUGUCGCUUAUGACUACGAAACGCACACUGUUCAUAUAAUCAAUCAUUCCCUGAAAAAUUUCGGAAAGCGAAAUGUCACUGUGGACUUGAUUGAUCUCAACGGCACAUCUAUGCACCAUGAAAGCAUCGCUACGUACACUACUCCAACCUCAUCAAAGCAGGUAGCAACGGUGCACGAGAUAAACAAAAUCAAAGAUGUCGGCUUCCUCAGAUUGACCCUGAAAGACUCUGGAAAGGGCACCACCAUCAGCCGUAAUGUCUAUUGGCUCCCACCCAACACGGAAACCCUAGACUGGGAUAACUCUACCUUCUACACGACACCUGUUACUAAAUACACCGAUCUCACUCCAUUGAACAAGAUGGCCACUGCAAAUGUGUCGACAAGCAUGAAGAUGACCGUGUCGAAGCACGGCUCCACAUUUGGCGAGGUGACAUUGGAGAAUAAGUCCGAUGUUCCGGCUUUCUUUAUGCAUUUGACGGUUAGCGAUGAGAACGGGCACGAGUUGGCUCCGGUAUACUGGUCUGAUAAUUAUGUUACUCUUUUCCCGAGAGAGAAACUGAUAUUGACGGUGGAGUUUCAGGGGAGGAAGUGGGCAGCUACGUUGAGUGGGGCGAAUGUAGAGAAGAGAGGAAUUGGGCGGAGCUAG